CCAGGGUUCCAGCCUCCAAACCUUCUGAGCCUUUGGCCUUGACAUUUAAGCUGUGGCAGCUGUCAAACUCGCAAACCCCGGGGCUGAGGUGACGCGGAGCCAGGCGGCCUUGGCGGUGAACAUAAGCGCGGCCCGCGGCCUGCAGGAUGUGCUGCGGACCAGCCUGGGUCCCAAGGGCGCGCUGAAAAUGCUUGUUUCUGGUACAGGUGACAUCAAACUCACCAAAGAUGGCAAUAUACUUCUUCAUGAGAUGCAAAUUCAACACCCAACAGUUUCCGUAAUAGCCAAAGUAGCAGCAUCUCAGGAUCACAUCACAGGAGAUGGCACUACUUCAAAUGUUCUCAUUAUUGGAGAAUUACUAAAACAGGCCAAUCUUUACAUUUCUGAGGGCCUGCACCCUAGAAUCAUAGCAGAAAGAUUUGAUGCAAAGAUAAAAGCUCUUGAAGUUUUAGAGGAAAUUAAAGUAGAAAAAGAGAUGAAAAGAGAAAUCCCCUUAGACGUGGCUAGAACAUCCCUGUGAACAAAAGUUCAUACUGAACUGGCUGAUGUGUUAACAGAGUCUGUAGUGGAUGCUGUCUUGGCUAUUAGAAGAUCAUGUUACCCUAUUGAUCUCUUCAUGGUGGAAAUUGUGGAGAUGAGGUAUAAAUCAGAAACAGAUACACAGUUGAUCUGAGGAUUAGUUUUGGACCAUGGUGCCCGCCAUCCAAGUAUGAAGAAACAAGUACAAGAUGCAUUUAUCCUUAUUUGCGAUGUAUCACUAGAAUAUGAAAAAAAAGAAGUGAGCUCUGGUUUCUUUUAUAAGACUGCAGAAGAGAAAGAGAAAUUGGUAAAAGCUGAAAGAAAAUUUAUUGAAGAUUGAGUACAGAAAAUAAUAGACCUAAAACAGAAGGUCUGUGCUGAGUCCAAUAAAGGAUUUGUUGUCAUCAAUCAAAAGGAGCAACUCACUCUUGCUUGUGGAGGAUUAGCUAUCAAUUCCUUUGAAGACCUCAACGAAGAUGGCUUGGGGCAUGCUGGCCUUGUAUUUGAGUAUUCACUAGGUGAAGAAAAGUUCACUUUUAUUGAAGACUGUGUUAACCCUCACUCUGUCACCUUAUUGGUUAAAGGACCAAAUAAACAUACUCUCAUACAAAUCAAGGAUACAAUAAGAGAUGGACUUUGUGCAGUCAAAAAUGCCAUUGAAGACGGGUCUGUGGUUCCAGGGGCUGGGGCAGUAGAAGUAGCACUAGCUGAAGCUCUUAUUAACUAUAAGCACAGUGUUCAAGGAAGAGCUCGUCUUGGAGUUCAGGCUUUUGCUGAUGCCUUAUUAUUCCCAAGUAAAGUUCUUGCUCAGAAUUCUGGUUAUGACCUACAGGAAACACUGAUAAAAAUUCAGACCCAGCAUGCAGAAUCAAAAGAACUUGUGGGCAUAGACGUGAAUACAGGGGAGCCAAUGGUAGCAGCAGAAGCAGAAGUUUGGGAUAAUUACUGUGUGAAAAAACAUCUUUUUCACUCUUGCACAGUGAUUGCCACCAACAUCCUCCUGGUUGAUGAAAUUAUGCGAGCUGGGAUGUCUUCUCCCAAAGACUGAUUGCAUCUCAAAUCAGUGCACCUCAUAUCCAACUGUAUGGUUGUGUCAUUCUUAUUGUUCCAAAAUAAAUGUGGCAUGUAUCUUUUGAUCUCAACUAUUUCAAAAACACCUCAUUACUGUACAAAGAACACAAAUAUUUUCACAGUAAAGGAAUAAUGAUGGGAAUAUUUACUGAGUCUUAACUUCCCACCCUGUAAGAUAUGCUAUUUCAGUUCUCAUAAAACAAAAUCUAUUAUGAUUCUUCAGCUUUCUAAGCACAGGUUUUA